GCGGUAAUUGUGAAUUGUGCUGAACAAGUGGCAAGAAAAAUCGUGGUGUGUGUGUUUAUUUUGGAAAAACACACCAAUUAACGUAAAAGAAAAGAUCUGUUAUACAUUGUCAUAUUUAUCAGACCAGUAGUAUAUAUUUGAUGACUCCUAAUUGAGAAUGUAAUGUAUUUAAGUUGCUUAAGCUGAUAUCGAAGAACAUUCCAACCUGCUGACAGUAACGUGGAAGUUAUCCUGAGGAACAGUUGGUCUCUGGAAUCCAUAAAGAGAGAACAGCCAAUAGCAAACCAUGAGGAUAAAGCAUGGCCAAUAAUCCCCUUUUUUCCUGCAUAAAGGGCAAAACAGGCAAGCGCUUUACUUAUAACCUGGAAUCCAGUAAAGACAGUCCUUUGCCUGGUAGCUAUAGACCCCUUCAGUCCAGCAAUGUAAACAUGCAAGGCUCAACCAAUCAGUCUCCGAGAGCGAAGAGAAGAAAGACCGAGGAGAAGGCAGAGGAGGACGAGGAAAAAUGGGAUGACGAUGACGACGACUUUAUGUUGACACAGGAAAACAUUGCAGAGAUAGAUGAAAUGGCCCGGGCAGCCAUUAGUGGACAGACAAAGCGUAAUCAGACAGAUCCUGGUCCCUCCACCACGCCCCUGUCACGGCAGCCAUUCCCCAAGGCCCCCUCUGCUCCAACGCUCACCCACAAGACUUCCACCCCUUCAGGCAGAGUGACGUUUAAGCCCCCCAUAGGUCCUGGUGUGUCAAACAUUUCCCUUCCCCAUCAUUCUGAUUCAAAUUCCUCUAAGAACACUAACUCCUCCAGAAAUUCUAGCACUACAACAACAUAUCCUGGUUCCCUUUCUUCGGGCAGAAGGUCCACCAGUUUAUCUUCGCAUGACAACUCUUCAAAAUCUGCUGGAUCAGUGGAGAUUCCCUUCCAGCCUCCAAACAGGAAGCCUAACCUGUCCUCCAACAGCAGCUCCUCGGUGUCCUCAGAGAGCCUCGGAAUGAGGAGUCCAAUAGCAGAGGGCAUCAGGGAGGAGCUGGAGAGCUACAAACAGCAGUGUGAUCUCCUUAAAGCUGAGAUGGACUCCAUAAAACAAGAACUGUAUGUCAAGGAAGGAGAGAACAAAAUUCUUAGAGAGAAACUCGAUACGAAAGAAGCAGAACUCAGUGCAAGCAAACAACAAAAACUAAAACUCACCGAGCAACAAAUGAAGGAACAAUCUCAGAGAGAAAAACAGCUAAAGGCUGAGAUUCAGAGUCUCAAUACUCAACUACAGUUCAAGGAGCGCGACUUGGCUGAAUUGAGAGAGAAAUGUCGAGACUUGGAGACUUCUGUGUCUGCCGCAGGGGAUUCACAGAUUCCCUCUACGUCCGCCGCACACCAUAGCCCAAGGGUCAGAAAGGUCGUGGUGUCCCCCAAGGGAAAGAGAGGGGGAUUCCCCAGUACCAAGUCCUUUUUGGCCGAGGAGGGUUCUCAGAUUGUUCAUCCUGCACAGAGUAAAAAGGAGGAGGUGGAGAUGGUAGAUGUUGCAAUAACUGCUGAUAUCAAGGAGGGAACAGAGAGGAAGGGCAGAGCUAGAAAAUGUCAACUGAAAGUGGAGCCCUCAAAAGGUGCUGUAACAGGUAACCACUUCCUGUCUAAGCUCUCUGAGGUGAGUUUACAGGGAUUACCCGGUCCAGGGAGCAUUCCAGACCGAGGCCUGAUGGGAUUACUCCAGAUGAAUCCCCCAUCCAUGGAUCUCCAGGCCUUCCUGUUUGACAGGGACAGUUCUAAGCAGCUGUCACCAAUCCCAACCAAAAGAAUGUCAGACAAAAAGCCUGUUGUUGAGAGACCAAAGCUGAGACCCAUAGUGUCCACAAACAGUUACUCCAGGGCAAUGGAGGGCAUCCACAGCAUUCUGAGUGGAAGUAACCAAUCACCUCUCAUCUCUCUUCUGGAUUUGUCUCAUACCAACAUGUCAAGUGACCAAUCAGCAAGCUCCUUACAACCACAGAGAUUGUCUUCUGAAAGCCAAAGUGCUCUCUUGUUUUUACCCUUACUCAAUGACUACUUGUCCCAUUACAUUGAGAUGAUGAACUGUUAUGUGGAGAGAGGACAGACUCUACUGAGUCCCCAGAGCUCUUCAUCUUCUUCAUUUGGACCUUCCAGUUCAUCAGAUAGUACAAUGGACUCCCUGAACAGCUCACUGAACACACUGCUGCGAGAUGGAGCAGCCUACGCCAAUAGCUUAGAGUCACAUGCUCUGAGUGCUCUUACUGUUUUAUAUAAACUUGUUCUGUAUUGUGAUGCUGUGAGGGAGAUUCUGCUGUGUUCUGAUGAUGUCUUGUCAGACUCCAGUGUGACAAGUUUUGAGAAGGUUGUGGAAGAGGAGAUGGAGCAGGAGAAUCCCCCCUCCUCCCUGAGCUCUAUAUCCAGCAGUCAAAGCAGCACCAACAGCAUCAGACAGAGUGUACUGGACUGUCAUCUGCUAGGCAAGGUCAUCAGACUGGCCAAUCCUGGCAAGGCAUCCAGUGAGGGGGAGGAGCCAAAGAAAUAUAAUGAAAGGGUCAUACACAAAGCACUGAGCAUCAUCAGGGUUCUGAGUGAGCACUGCAAUGAGGAACAGCUGGCUUGUAUACUUCCAGUCCUUGGGAAGGGGGUACUCUCUAAUUGUAUGAAGUGCUCCUCUUCCCCUGCUGUUGUUUUGGGAGGACUAGAUGCCUUGUGCUCCUUAACCAUACAUGAAAAAGCUGUUUUAAUGGCUUGUUCCUGUCCAAAUCAAUGUGUGUUUUUGCCCUUGUAUCAGCUGUGUGCAUUACCAGGAGCUUUGUUUUCAGAUGAGAUCCUGGUAGAAUUUGCAGCAAAGACAUUACAAUGCCUUUCCAAUGUUGGGAGUCAUCAUAGAGCAGGGAUGAAUCUUCUGUUGGAUACACAAUGUAAAUUGCAGUUGCAGAAAUCAACAGUACUUCUUUUGCACAAGAUAUUAUUGCUAUACCAAUCAAAUCAAUCCUCUGAAGCCAAAAGAGUUCUUCAGAAGGGGACAUUACUCCUGCAUAACCUCAGCCAAGUAGAUGGCCAGUUUGAAGAACACCACUAUGUUGUCCAGCAUCAAUAUGUGGAGCUGAUUUGUGGUUUGAACACCUUGUUUAAGCCUUCAGAGUUUGAAAAUGAACGAUGUGCAAUAACAGAGUUGUGGUAUUUUGGACGAGAGGAUUCCGAUUCCUCACAGGACGAAGAGGAAGAUGAAAUGGAGAUCAGCUGAUGUUUGUCCAAGAUGUUAGUUUCAGCUGAUAUUCGUUCAAGACGUUAUUGAGAUGGAGAUCAGCUGAUAUUUGUAUGUGAGGAUUAAAUGAAGAUCAGCUGAUAUUGGUUGGUGAUGAUGAAAUGAAGAUCAGCUGAUAUUUGUCCAAGAUGUUAGUAUCAGCUGAUAUUCGUCCAAGAAGUUAUUGAAAUGGAGAUCAGCUGAUAUUUGUCCAACAUGUUAGUAUCAGCUGAUAUUCGUCCAAGACGUUAUUGAAAUGGAGAUCAGCUGAUAUUUGUCCAAGACAUUAGUGAAAUGGAGAUCAGCUGAUAUCUUUAUGUGAGGAUGAAAUGGAGAUCAACUGAUAUUGGUCCGUGAUGAUGAAAUAUAGGUCAGCUGAUAUUGGUUCAGCAUAACAAACCACUUAUUGACCAAAGCAAGUGACCAUGAUGAAAUGGGGAUCAGCUAAUGUCGUUCCAAAGUAACAAACCACUAAAGAAUCUGAAUCAUCCAAUCAGCUAGUACAUUUAAAAUCUAUAGUAGUAUCUUGGUUUUACAUUGUAUUUAAUAAAUGGAUGUUUAAGAGAGUUGUAAAUAUUUAAACAGAAUAAAAUGUUAUUAUGUAUAUAUCUUGAGGAAUAUGAUUCAGUUUUAAGUUAUUAUGUACAUAAGAUACUAUACUGUGUAGUAAUACAUGUAUAGAAAUAUAGGCACUGUGACAAUAUAAUCUCUGCACACUAACGUGAUGAGAUUUAGUAGUUUUGGAAUUGCAUAUGUUUGUUAAAGAUU